CAACACGUUCAUUUUGUGGUUUUCAUAGAAGUUGAAAACAGAUGAUAAUGCCCACCAUAGAAAUCCCUAGAAUGGUAUAGACUAGACAGACUUGAAGGAGAUAUGAUAGAGAUAGGUCCUCUGUUACACUAAGUGAACAAGCAAGUUUGGAUCAGCAAUAACUGAGCCCUUCCCCUGAUGGCUUCAAUUUCUCUGUUAAAGGGGCCAAAAGAAGUCCUACAGAUAGAAUUUUCAAGACUUUUUGCGUUGAGAUAUGUUGUUCAUCUCAUCAGAUACAUCCAAAAAUUAUUGCUGCGAUCAACUCAUUUGAGAAUUGCUGCCCUUUUUAUCUUUGCUGUCUUAGUAAUUGCGUACACUCUCUACUCUGGCCAAGAUCGGCUACAAGACUCAAGCUGGAUCGUUCCUGAAACUUGUAAAGCAAGCAAUUGUCAUAUAAAACAACCUCUUCUGAUGGCCGAAAUGUCUCCAAACUUGCUUCUCAUACUUAUUCAUUCCAGUGUUGGCGGAAAUGCUAGACGAAGUGCUAUCAGGAAAACGUGGCUCUCUCACCUUACCAAUGAAGAGAGCUUUCCAAUACAGUACAGGUUUGUAUUGGGUGGUAAAGAUAUGGACGCAAAAACACUAGAGAUCAUUCAAAAAGAAUUUCGAGAAUUCAGAGAUAUUAUUGUCUUACCAGAUGUCACAGACUCCGUAUAUUCUCUUACUUACAGAACUAUAGGAAGUUUCAAACACAUUUACUACAAUAUGAACAAAUUCUUAUACAUCAUGAAAUGUGACGAUGAUACUAUGGUGGAUGUGAUGCGAAUUGCUUCAGAACUUCAACUGAGAAAAACAAAAGGUCUUUUCUUCUGGGGCUAUAUGGAUGGUCGUGCUCCUAUAUUGGGAUGGCCUUCGCGGUACAGUGAAAAUGAAUGGUUUAUUUGCAAGAAAUAUUUGCCGUAUGCACUUGGUGGUGGCUACCUGUUGUCUGGAGAUUUGGUCGGGCUGCUUGUACAGAAUGAACAGUUUUUGAAGAUGUACAGAAAUGAGGAUGCUGCCCUAGGGUCAUGGUUUGCACCCUAUAACCUUGAAUAUAAGCAUGAUUCUCGAUUUAACACAGAGUCGUCUUCUAGAGGAUGCAAAGACCCGUUUUUAAUCCUUCAUAAAGUUUCUUCUAGUGAUAUGUUUUAUUACCACAAUUCUUACGAGCAAGAAGACAGAUACUGUUCACGGAGAACUAAUUGGCACUCUUAUCAUGGCUAUCUGUAUAAUUGGAAAGCUGUACCGACUGAUUGCUGUCUUAAGAAUGCUGCAGUGCCCUAGUGUCUAUUAGUGUGUGUGUGUGUGUAUGUGUGUGUUAUGAUCAAUGAUGUGGGCUGUGCUCAUGAAAAAUAACUUACUUGUUAUUUC